UUCUCAUUUGUUUUUCAUUUGGUUCUUGCACUUAUAAAAUCGUCCCUGUUCUACUUUUUGCUCCCCACUCUUUAUAUCCCAUUCCAGAGUUGCUUUUUUAUAUCAUGUCUACUGAGGUCAGCACCGAUAAAUACAACGCCGUUCGCCAAGAUAUCAUCAAAGCAUUUCCAAAAGAAGAUUAUGACGACGGUUCAUUUGCUCCCGUUGUACUUCGUCUUGCAUGGCACGCUAGCGGUACCUACGACAAGAAUCACAAAGAUGGAGGCAGCGAUGGUGCGACUAUGCGCUUCAAAGCCGAAGCCGAAGACAGUGCCAAUGCUGGCUUGGAAGUAGCCCGAGGCGUUUUGGAGCCCAUCAAGGCUAAACAUCAAUGGAUAACUUAUGCGGAUCUAUGGACUCUUGCUGGCUGUGUUGCCAUUGAACAUAUGGGUGGACCCCAUAUUCCAUGGGCUGGCGGUCGUCGUGACAAGAAUAACGAAAUGGAUUGUCCUCCCAUUGGUCGUCUACCGGACGGUGCUCUUGGUAAAGACCAUGUGAUUGAUGUGUUUAUCACGAGAAUGGGCUUCACCGUUCAGGAAACUGUCGCGCUGAUUGGCGCUCACACUGUCGGCCGCUGUCAUCGGGAUCGAUCGGGCUUUGAAGGUCCAUGGACCGAGACACCUACUCGAUUCUCCAAUCAAUUCUACAAGCAACUUCUCACACAAACAUGGACUGAGAAGAAAUGGGACGGUCCAAGACAGUUUGAAGAUGAAGAUGGCGAUUUGAUGAUGUUACCUACGGACAUGGCUCUCCUCGAAGAGCCUUUCCGGCCUUAUGUGGAACUCUAUGCCAAGGAUAAGCAAAAGUUCUUUGAAGAUUUUGCUGCGGCGUUCCUUAAGCUCAUCGAACUGGGCGUCAACCGAAGAGCACGACUUUAAUUAAUGCCCUCAAUUUACCCUUUUUUUCUUUUGUUUUAAUUCUUUAUUGCCGAUGUGCAAAACUGCAAUUUCUAGAAGCGCUUAUCUUUUUUAUUUAUUGCGUAAUAUCCCAUCAUACCUUGUACUCCUUUUAUUCCAAUCGCCAAUGACAACUUGAUGCCAUUUUAUUACGCGCCUUUAUACAUCACUUAUAUGCUUUCCAUGGCAAUAAAAUAGACGCCAACCAAGAAGUUCUUUCAUUGUUUA